CCCAAAACCAAAUAGGCUGCAGCGUAACAUAUUUUGUACAUCUUCGAUAAAAACGAGCUACCACGGUGAACUUGCACGCACUUUGGUCGGGUGUAUUCGGGCUACAAUAGAGAAAAUUGUGCAUGCAAUUGAAUAGAAAACAGUCCAGGUGCCUUUUCAAUUUGGGUAAAAGCUUCCAGUAAACGAUAUACGACGCGUGAGCACAGAUCCGGUCGACGAAGAAAACUCCACCAACUUGUUUUACACUUAAUGCCUUAACCCCUUUCGCUGGUUAAAUCAGAAUACGUACUGGGAAAUGGACGAAACACGCAUGCUUGACAGCACUGCCGUAGGGCGAUCGCAACCCGCUCAAAACUAUGAUCAAUACGCUGCGGCGGAUAUGAAAAAAUUCUAUCCACCCGGUGCCCCCAUUACCAAUGCACCGCAAAAUACGGAAGGUUCAUCGCUUCAGCUGCACUUUGCCUCACUCGCUGGUUUGGAUUUGGGCAAAAGGAUAGGUCAACCGGGCGAGCGUAUUGAUAUGUAUUUCAAAAAUCCCUACAAUACCGAAAGCGAGGAGGAUGAACCACCGGGAGCGGCGGGUAAUGGUACGCAUGUGCCAGCGGUCAAUGCGGCCAAAGCGAAACAACCCCGGAAACGCAACGGUUCCGGGAAACGUAAACAAAAGUCGCCGAAAGUGGAGUCUCCCGCAGAAAUAGCGCUGCGCAAGUUCCCCUGUCCGGAGUGUCCACUAUCGUUUAAGACCGGUUACCAUCUGAAGCGUCACCAUGCGACCAUUCAUCAGGAUCAACGGUUUCCAUGCACGGUGUGCCACACGUCGUAUGGCCGGCGUGAGAAGCUGCGUGCACAUCUGGAACUCAUCCACAAGAUUCAAAGCUACUUCGUGUGUGAAAUCUGCCUGGUGUCGUACGAGAGUGACGAUCUGCUACAGCGGCAUGUUUACCGCCACGAGAACCCGAAACCACUCGAGUGUGGCACGUGUUUGACCCCGAAUGCCCGCACGUCGGAUGGGAAUUAUGGUGGAAAUCAUAUCUGCAUCACGUACCAGAACAAUUACGAAUGCUGUGGGAAAGAUUUCGGCUACCAUUACUAUUACAACAGGCACAUGUUGACGGUGCACAACAUAAAAACGAACGCGCGGGUUAAAUUGCCCAAGGGCACGCUCCUCAGCCAGUUUCGUGCAAUGCGCUCGUCGAGAGUAUCGUGAAAUGGGCUGUCACAAUUUUCGUUCCGUACACGAGAGGAAACACCACUGUUGCGAAGAUUGCUUUAGUAUAUUAGUCUUAUGGAUGCUGCGCUUUUCGUCCAGGUGACAAAAUUUAGCAGUUUAUAAUAAUAGUUUUAAACCCGUAAAUCUCAAACAAGUCCAGGAAUUUUGAACGUUUUCUGCGUGACAGCAACAUAGUCGAAUAACCAGGGCUAGGGAUACAAGAUUUAGUGCGUAGUGUUAAGCUGAUCGUUUAAUAAGUCUCAGUAAUCCAUAGUAAAACCAUUUGACCACAGACACACUAUCGGUUUAGGGUUUCGAUAGGCAUGAUCUAUCAAUCAAGUUACAAUAGGAUUAAGAUUUCCUUUUCUCCUCCUUCUUAGACCCUUUUUUACAGUUCAACCUCAGGAGGUCUUACAAGCCUGCCGUUGCUGGUCUAUCUUGAUGACUCCAUAGCUGUAUAAUUGGUCCUGCGCACUUGAAGAUGUGUCGGUGUAGUAGGAUUCGGUAUCAGUCCUGUCGUGUGAAGACACAGUACGACUACUCCACAAAACUAUCUCAAGCCGUUAGGAUUUAGGAAAAGGAUUUUACAUAAGGUAAAAUUCACUGUUACAAUCAUAAGCAGACACCACAGACAAGCACCGAUUAGACUGGAGGUUAAAAAUGUAAACUCUUAGAAAAAGAUCAGUAGAUGAAUCGUCUAAUUGGUUAUUCAGCACUAAGACUAAUGUAAACCGACCCUUCAGAUGGAGAGAGUGUAACAGAGAGCUGUUUCGUGGUGUUGCGAAGUAUUAAACAUCAAACUAGUAACAUUUUACUUUCUCAAAUGUGCGUUUGCAGCUAGAUUAUUUUAAUCGAAAUUGAUUUUAAAACAACCCGUGUUUGCGAUAGGGUGUGUAAACAACAACAAAAAACAGUCUGAAGUUUACAAAACAUCUAUUUGAGUUUGUAUAUAAGUCCAUAUUUUCGCUAGUAUACUAUUUAUCGGUGAAUAAAAACCACAUC